AACAACUCCAAAAUUCCUCCCGUAUCCUUCUCUCCUGCCUUCUUCCCUCCCUAAUUCCCUAGUCUGACAAUGGCUCUCAAGGCCGUUCAUGUCUCCGACGUCCCUUCCCUUGAUCACGUCCCUGACAACGCCUCUUUUUCCCUUUACUCCACCCGCCCUCCCACCGGCGUGGAUUUGAGUCGGGGCGGGUCAAACAGCCCUAAGUUUCUGGUGAUCGGACACCGGGGGAACGGCAUGAACGUCUUGCAGUCGUCGGAUCGGAGAACGAGAGCUGCCAAGGAGAACUCCAUCGUGUCCUUCAAUGCCGCCGCCAAGUUCCCCCUCGACUUUAUUGAAUUUGACGUUCAGGAUUUGCAGGUGACUACGGAUGGCUGCCCAGUGAUUUUCCACGAUGAUUUCAUUCUCUCUGCAGAAAAUGGAACUGUAUUUGAGAAGAGAGUCACCGACCUGAGUUUGUCAGAGUUUCUGUCCUAUGGUCCUCAGAAAGACGCCGGAAAGCAAGGAAAGCCUUUGCUAAGAAAAACUAAGGAUGGAAAAAUACUCAAGUGGGAUGUUGAACAAGAUGAUCCGCUCUGCACCCUCCAAGAAGUUUUCCAGAAGGUGGAGCUCACUCUGGGUUUUAACAUCGAGCUUAAAUUUGAUGACCACAUUGUCUACGAGGACGAGUAUCUCGUUCGAGUCCUCCAGGCUGUUUUGAAGGUCGUGUUUGAGUAUGCCAAGGACAGACCCAUUAUCUUCUCAAGUUUUCAUCCCGAUGCAGCAAAACUCCUUCGUAAAUUACAGAGCACCUAUCCUGUAUACUUCUUGACGAACGGAGGAAAUGAACUUUAUUAUGAUGUGAGAAGAAAUUCCUUGGAGGAGGCAUUAAAACACUGUCUGGAGAACGGCCUGCAGGGAAUCGUGUCCGAGGUCAGAGCGGUCUUCAGAAAUCCUGGAGUGGUAGCCAAGAUAAAAGAAUCUAAGCUUUCCUUGAUUACCUACGGCAGAUUGAAUAAUGUUCCCGAGGCAGUUUUCAUGCAACAUUUGAUGGGGACUGAAGGUGUGAUUGUGGAUUUGGUCCAAGAAAUAACGCAGGCGGUUUCGGAUAUGAUAAAGCCAUCAAUGGUGGCUGAAGAGGAGGGUAUCAUGACUGAAGAGAAGAGGAAGGGGAACUCAAAGCCUCAAUUCUCUCAGCAGGAGCUGACUUUUCUUUUGAGGCUAAUCCCAGAGUUGAUACAGAUUUAGGCAAAAAAAAAAAAAAAUGGAGGUAACCAAUAACCAUUAUACCCUGACCCACUGGUUAAAAACCAUUAUACCCUGACCAUUGUAAAUAUCUUUUCUUUUUUAUUUCCUAAGAAGUAGAGAAUGAAUGUAACUAGAGUUUGGUUGUCCUCCAUAUACUCGUGUUUGAUUGUAUCCCAAAUACACGUGGAGUUCCCAAUUGAAUUGGUGUUGAUUUGUGCUGUA